GUUUCUAAACAUUUCUCAAAAAACAAAAAAAAAACUUAACAUAAAAAUAAAGAAAAAACACAAAAAUCCAACAACUUGUUAACCAAAAGUGGCCUGCAAAACGAAGCAACAACCCAGAAAUGUGAUUCAAAGUGCGCAAUGUAACAAAAAACGUAAACAAUUUUGUUUUGGAUAAGCAAAAUAAUAAAAUUAAUAAUAAAAAUAAAAGCAGCAAAAGCAACACCAAUGGAACUCGCGUCGAGUAGCGUAUUAGCAGCCAUUGUCAAUGAUUAAAACGGCGUUAGAUUGAUAGCUCGCAACGUCGCCGUCGCCGGAGUCGCCGUCGUCUUAGUUAGCGUUAGACGUAGACACACACACCAACACACACAUACACGCACACCUCCUACACCAAGCUCCUCGAUGCCCGCACAGCAGCAGCAGCAGCAGCAACAGUCACAUCAACAGUUUUUAGGACAUUAGCCAAAGCACACACAGUUCCAGAGGACCCAGACGGCUCCAGAGAGAGAGAGUUAGACAGAGAGAAAGAGAGAGAGAUAGAGAGAGAUAGCCAACAUGGACAUCAAGAUUGAGCAGCAGCAACAGCAGCAGCAGCAGCAACAACAGCAGCAGCAGCAGCAACAAACGGAGCUGGGACCCGUUUCGCCUUCGGAGGUGCCCAAUGAUCCUGGCAAAAUGUUCAUUGGCGGCCUCAGCUGGCAGACCAGUCCAGAGAGCUUACGCGAUUACUUUGGCCGCUACGGCGAUAUCUCUGAGGCAAUGGUCAUGAAGGAUCCCACAACCCGCAGAUCCAGGGGCUUUGGCUUUGUCACAUUCAGCGAUCCAAAUAGCGUAGAUAAGGUACUCACCCAAGGCACACACGAGCUGGAUGGCAAAAAGGUGGACCCGAAAGUAGCUUUUCCGCGACGUGCACAUCCCAAGAUGGUGACGAGAACGAAGAAAAUCUUUGUGGGCGGCCUCUCGGCGCCCACCACGCUGGAGGAUGUCAAAAGCUACUUUGAACAGUUUGGUCCGAUCGAGGACGCAAUGCUGAUGUUCGACAAGCAGACCAAUCGGCACAGAGGUUUUGGCUUCGUUACAUUUCAAAGCGAAGAUGUGGUAGACAAAGUUUGUGAAAUUCAUUUCCAUGAGAUAAACAACAAAAUGGUCGAGUGCAAGAAGGCGCAGCCCAAGGAGGUAAUGCUGCCGGCCAAUCUGGCCAAGACCCGCGCGGCCGGUCGCUCCGCUUACGAUAACAUCAUGUGGGGUCUGGGGACAUUGCCCGAAGGCUUUCCGGCAGCUGCGUAUGCUGCCUAUGCCGCUGGUCGCGGCUACUCCGGCUAUCCGAGCUUCGGACUACCCUAUCCAACUGGCCUAACUAUUUGUGGCAUCGGUAGAAGUUAUGGUACCACAUGUAGCACGAAUGCGGGCCGCAGCAGAGCUGCCACUGGCCCCGCUGGCGGUGGUGCGGCUGCUGCUGCUGCAGCUGCAGCUGCUAUCCACAAUCAGCCCCAGUCGGGAUAUCAACACCACCAGGCGCUGACUCUGCCGCUGGCCACGGCGCUGACAGCGCGCACGGCGGCAAUCAAAUCGCAGUUUCUGGGCAACAUAAAUUUCUAAACAAAAGAUCAAACAAAAUCAAAAUACAACACAGAUAAACCAUAUAAGCCGAAAGCAAGUCUGAGAGAGCGGGAAGAAUACAAGCUACACAGAAAAAAGAACACCAAGCCAACAAGAAAAACUAAAACAAAAACAAUCAAAAAGGAAAAAACAAGCAAGCAUAAAUAUACGAGAGAGGCCUGCGAUAUUGUAUUUAAUAUUUCAUUGCCAUUUUGUCUCUUUUUUGUUUCUGUGGUCUCAACGACAAUACGCAAACCAAAAUAAAUCAUUUGUACUGUGACAAGUAGGUACAACAACAACAACAGCAACAACAACCACAAAUAAAAUUUAUUAGCUUAGAUUGUUUCUACGGUGAAUGGUAACAACAACAACAACAAAUAAAACAAAUAAAGCAAAUACUCGAUUUAUCAAAAAAUAAAUAAAAACAAAUAACAGAAACUUAUACAAGUAUUUGUAAUUGCAGACCCAUAUAUAAUCACAUAUAGAGCUGCUGGCGCAUACAUGUGUGUACACACUGUACUAUGUGGCCUCCGUAUAGCUGACAAAUGGAAACUUUCUAAACACACACACACACACACACACACACACACGUACUUAGCUACAUAUAAACAUUUGUUCUAGACGCGUUGUUCGAUUAGCUAAAACCCUAGUUGCGCAUAUAUACCCCCUAUAUAUAUAUAUUUAAAUAUAUAUCUAUCUAUAGAGCCGAGCACAUAUAAGGCGGCAACUGUACCGUACGCAGUUCUGUAGCUUUCGAUUAACUAUUUAAUACACACACACACACACACACACACACACACAUAUAUAGCCACAUGUAGUAGUGUUUAGGUCAACAUAAUCGCAUAAUCACACACAUUUAACUCUUUAGACGUACGUGUAGCGCCCCGUAGAGAGCUAUGACACAAUGUGUACACAAAAUGCACACGCACACAAACAGUAAACACUCCAUAUAAAUGAUACCAAUAUUUGUGCUUUUUUUUUAAUAUUAUUUUGUAAUUUCUUGCGUUGCGUUGCGUUGCGUUGCGUUCGCCACAUUAAUUCUCAUUAAGCCCAAUCUACCAUUUUGGCUUUGGUCCCAGGGACACAAAUCUAUUAUUUAUAAAAACUGUUUUACUGUAAGCAUUUAAAUGCAAAUUUUUAUUUGUAGUACAUCUGCAUAAAUUAGUCGUGUGCAACAACAACAACGACAACAACAACAACAGAAAUAAACAUAAACCGCGCGAAAUGCAUACGAAAAGCAUUUUAGAUAAAAACUACAUUUUAGCCAGCCUGUCACAUGUAGUAUCAUUAUUAUCCUUUAAUUAAUUUCCUGCAUAAUAUAAUUUCUGUAUUUCAGUUUUUUUUUCGUUUUCUCGUUUUUUGUUUGGGUCCCCUGAGUUUUAGAUAAUAAGCACACGUGCAGAGAUUUUUUGGCAUAGAAAAAGUUCAUUAAUUAGCUACAUUUUUUGUUCUGUUUCAUAAUAAUGUGUGUAGCCACAAAAAUAAAAUCAAAAUAAAUACAUUUUGGCGUUGGUUUUUUGUUUUGGAUAUCCUUUAAUUCUACUCAUAUAUAUCGCAUAGCCUGCAUAAGUUCUUUCAUCGGUGCAUCAAACUGAAUCUGAAAUAAGCCAACAAAAAUUUCUACCGAAAUGAGCGAAAACUUUUUAUUGAAAUUUCUAUAUGAAUAAUACAUUAACUAUAUACAAUACAUAUAAAAAUAUAUUUAUAAUAUAUAUAAAAAAAUAUACAAAAUAAGUUUAAUAUAUUUAUUUUAUACAAAAAGCAAAAUCAAAUUUCAUUUGUACAAUAAUGCAAAAGGAAUAAUAAUAAAUUAAAAAAAGUAAAAAAUAUAUACGAACAGAAAAUACAAUAUUAAUGUCCAUCCAUUUUCGAAGAGCGACUUUAAGUUUAUGAAAAAUGCAAUUUUUCUAUGUCCUUUCCAUUUAUGCAUAAAUUGUAAGUUUGACAUUUAAACUUAGCUAUCAAUACUAUAUAUACUAUACUAUAUAUACAUAUAAUAUUUAUGGCAGCGUAUACAUAUAUUAAAUCAAAUUAAAUCAAAAAAAGAACACACACCCACACAGACACUCACACACACACACACACACAGACAUACAAAUCAAUAACUAUAAAUUGAAAAGCUGUUAAUUAGUUAAUUGAAUGCAGUUAUCGCAAAAUUUUUGGCAAUUUAAAUUAAUGUAUAACAAAGGACAAAGGCUAAAAGCCGAGGCAAAUGCUUCGAGGUAUCUAAACUAUAAAAUGCUUGCGAGUUAUUUACACACACACAACUAUAUAGCAUAUACACACACACACACACACACACACAUACGCAUAUCUAUGUAUUUUACACGUAUAUACUGUGAUUUAUAAGAAAACGCUUCAAACCAACAACAAGAACAAAACAAAACAAAACAAAAAAUUGCCAACGCAGAAUUCAAAUUGCUUAUGCAAAAAACGAAAAGUUAUUAACUAAAUAAAUGCACAAAAAAAAAAACGGAUACAAAAGCCGAAACAAAAA